AUGGCCGCGCGUACUGUGCAGAAGUCCGCGAUCCCCAUCCAGAACCCCAAUGCCAUCAAGGUCGUUGCGCCGAACGGAACCAACAAAGACCCAGACGCAGCUACAGCCACCUCUCCAUCGGUGAAGUCACAGACAGCUUCCGAGUCGUCUCCAACAGUCGCCAGUGCCGUCGCCAACCAUCCGUCAGCCACUGUUCCACCCGUGGCAGAAGGGUCGCGACCAUCCGCACUGAGGGCUCCCGGAAACAACUGGCAAUCGCUGGACAUGGGCGGAGUUGGCAUCCGCAACAUUCCUACCACUUCUGGACUCUUUUCCUUCACCUUCCUGACCAACCUCUAUCUCAACCACAAUGACCUCACCGCCAUCCCCCCUCAAAUCUCCAAACUCCGUCACCUCGAGCUCCUUGACCUCUCGGGCAAUCAUCUCGAAUCGAUCCCUCCGGAGCUUGGGAUGCUCACGUCGCUCAAAGAACUCUACCUGUUCGACAACGCUCUGAGGAAGCUUCCCCAUGAACUCGGCACCCUUCAUCAACUUCAAACGUUGGGAGUUGAGGGCAACCCUCUCGACCUCUCGCUGAAGCAGAUGGUGCAGAAGGACGGUACACAUGCUCUCAUCGCUUUCCUUCGCGACUCCUGCCCCAUUCCGGCGUCUCCUCCUGAGCGUCAGUGGACACAAUUUGUGAGCCAGCCGGAACGAGACGCCAUGGCCAGCGACCCGAACGCCGAGACUUUCUCUCUGUUCUGCUACAACAUCCUCUGCGAACGCUGCGCAACGGAGCGUUUGUACGGGUACACCCCUUCGUGGGCCCUUCAAUGGGACUACAGGAAGGAACUCAUCAUGAACGAGAUCCUGAACUACACUGGCGGCCAAAAAUAA